AUGUUGGACGAAAACCUGCCCACCUUUGUUUUGAAGCCCUCCAAGGACAAACCCAAACAGUUGUCUACCUUCCUUUUCGCCCAGUAUGGCGCCGACUUCGAACCCUCAUACACCUUGCGCCAUCUUGACCCUGAACAACACGCCUCUCGUAAUCGAUAUGCCGCUGCUCUCUACGAUGCUUAUAGUUCCGAAGUUCUCUAUGCAGAAGUCUUACUCAUCCCUGAAUGGACACAAUCAGCCUCGCCCUCCAACGGUGUCGUCCCUCCUCCUCCAGAACCCAUCCUCCCCUCACAAUUCUCCAUUCAACUCUACAACCCAGAUCAGCAAAUCGUGGUGAGACAUAAACCUGCCAGCUUCACCUCUGCAGCUACAUGGGAAUUUGAAUUACCCCAACAGACCUUCCGGGCACCAUCCGUAUCGGCCCUUGACCGAGCCCAGCAUGACCCUACAGCAUCAGACAUCACGCCUAAGGUUGUGUUCAAAUGGAAGAAGGAUGGAAAGUUCUCCAAGGACCUAGCCUGUUUUCUUGCAGGCAAGAGUACCAAUCUCGAAGGCAUCAAACCCAAGCAUAAAGAACCAGACAUUACAGUGUCCAUCUUCAAGGGUCUAAAAGAACUCACUCUGUACGAGCCUAACCUACACCGAAUGGACAUUGAAGAUUUGAAGGGGUUCGAGGUUGUUCUAUUACUCGGCGCUGUGGUCAUCCGCGAUGUAUACUUUGGCUCACUUAAAGAAACCUUCAACAUAUCCAACUCUGGCCGCAGGUCCGUCCCGUCCAGCCCUACCGCAGUCCCAUCCAACCCCAGCCCAAUUGGCCGCCAAACGUCGACGGCUUCUCAACACCCUCCAAUUCGAGACUCUCGCAUACCUCCGACAGAUCCUCGAAGUCAGUGGGAAAUUGACACCGAGACCGCUCGACUCAAACGUGAUGCCGAGCAAGAGGCACGUGAACUGCGACGACGACAAGAGGAAGAGGAACUACAGACACGCAAGUUAUUGGAGGCCGAGGAACAAGAGCAACGAAGACGACGACGGGCCGAGAUUGACCGUGAGACAGAACAUCUCCGUCGCAUAUAUGGACAGGAGGAUGCUGCUGCGGUACGACCUCCCAUUCCACCUCGAUUCAACCAGGACGGAAGGCACCACUCGGCCUCGAGUCACUCAUCGUAUGGGAAUCCUCACAUGCCGGGCCCCGGUGCACCAUAUUCUGCCGCAUGGGGCAGCUAUCAAGGGCCUUACAUGACCGGAGCGGCAGCGCAAUCCACAUUCUUGACCCCUGGUGGCCCAUCGCAACAGCCAAAUCUGAAGCAAAAAUCCAGUAUCUUCAGCUUUCGACGUCGAAGCGACCAAGACGCCAACAAAUUACAACGCAAGAAAAGUGCCGUCUUUUGA